ACUAACACGUGACUGACAUCAGCUUAUCGGCAGGCGGAACCAACACGGAAACAUGGCGGUCUCACUGAACAGAUUGCCUGUCACAGAAUGUCUAAAACUCUGUCACAAGGUGGUGGAUGGGCUGUGUGGGCGGGCGCCUCCGUGCAGGGCGGACUACAGCGCCCCCUGGAGCCCGGAGGACUGGCUGCAGCUGCUCAGCUCUCUCACAGCCCUCUUCCGCCUGGCAGUGGGGAACAACAGCUCUGAUGAAGAGGUGCUGGCGGGGUUGGCAGACGUGGGCAGCAGCCACGCUACGUCGGUGCUGAGCGUGUUGGCAGCCAGGCGGGAAGAGAUCCGCGACGCGUUGCUGGACAGAACCAUCUCCAUCUCCUCCACCACUCUGCAGGACUUUGACUGGCAGCUGAAGUUGGCUCUGUCCAGUGAUAAGAUCUCAUCUCUCCACACUCCUCUGCUCAGUCUCAUCCUGGAUGUGAGGGAGAACAGAGCCCUCCAGUCUGUCGCCAUGGAGAUGGACCGAGAGGAGUUAAACACACUCAUCGCUUCACUAGAGGCGGCUAAUAAGGUGGUGCUGCAGUUGAAAUGAUGGAAAGACUUUGGACCGCCAUGAUUAUUCCACGAAGCACAGAGGACGCACGUGUUGGAGACAGUUCUGUCCUUCAGUCGUGUAAAUGAGCACGAGAACUUUCUACAUAUAUUAAGUAGUUUGGCAGCUGUCAGACUUUUAUUUUUUAUUAAAACAACUACACUUCU